AAACCGAAGACCACAAGAAAUUACCUCGAACCCACGCUAAAUCUUUUUAAGUUGUGACUCUCUUUCCCUCCCUCCCAAUCUGAUAGUCUUCCACAAUUCGAAGGUUGAAGGGCUUUAAGAGAGAGAGAGAGAGAGAGAGAGAGAGAGAGAGAGAGAGAGAUGGAAGUAUAUCUGUCGAAUUUGCUUGUAAUAGCUGGUGUUUUGAUCCUACCAUGGGUUUGGAAGGCAUUCAACUACGUUUGGUGGAGACCCAAAAUGCUGGAGAGGACUCUGAAGAAGCAAGGCAUCCAUGGCCCACCCUACAAACUCCUCUCCGGGAAUGUGAUCGAUAACUCCAGGGCGUUGAAGGAAGCACGCUCUAAGCCCAUGGACCUGUCUCACCAGAUCCUACCACGUGUCGUCCCCUUCCAUUUUCAGACGGUGAAGAAUUACGGAAAAACAUCUGUCACAUGGUUUGGAACAACUCCUAGAGUGAACAUCAUGGAUCCAGAACUGAUAAGGGAAGUCCUUUCGAAUAAGUUUGGACACUUUGCAAAGCAAAAGCUAACUGCAUUUGAGAAGCAGUUAGCAUCUGGGCUUCUGACUCACGAAGGCGAAAAAUGGGCAAAACAUAGGAGAAUCAUCAACCCCGCCUUCCAUGUAGAGAAGUUGAAAAGGAUGUUACCAGCAUUCUCUGCAAGUUGCAGUGAAUUGACCAGCAAAUGGGAGCAGUGGGUUGGUUCUGAAGAGUCCCGUGAAUUAGAUGUGUGUCCCGACCUCGAGGCUUUAACAGGAGAUGUUAUCUCACGGACAGGGUUUGGUAGCAGCUACAAAGAAGGGAGGCGGAUUUUCCAACUCCUAACAGAACAGGGAGAGCUUGUAAUGCAGGCUAUUCAAAGGGCAUACAUCCCUUGCUAUCGGUUUUUUCCCACGAAAGACAACCUGAGGAGAAAGGAAAUCGAUAGAGAAAUACGAGCUAUUAUGAGGAGUAUGAUUGAAAAGAGGGAGAAGGCUAUGAAAACAGGGGAAGCCAGCAACGAUGAUUUAUUGAGCUUGCUAAUGGAAUCCAAUUCCAAAGGAUCCCAAGAACAAGGGAAUUCCAAGAGCAUAAGUAUUGAAGAUGUGAUAGGGGAGUGCAGGCUAUUCUACCUUGGAGGGCAGGAGACCACAUCAAGCUUGCUGACAUGGACAAUGAUCGUGUUGAGUAUGCAUCCGAGUUGGCAAGAGCGAGCGAGGGAAGAGGUGUUGCAAGUCUUUGGGAAGAACAAACCAGACAUUGAUGGCUUAACCCACCUCAAAAUUGUAACCAUGAUCCUGUAUGAGAUUCUCCGACUGUACCCGCCUGCGAUUCUCCUCAUUCGACGCACUUACAAAAGAAUGCAACUAGGAGGAAUAACCCUCCCAGCUGGUGUAGAACUUUCGCUGCCAAUUCUCCUCAUCCAUCAUGAUCCCGAGCUCUGGGGUGAAGAUGCAGAUGAAUUCAAGCCAGAGAGAUUCUCCGGGGGAGUCUCCAAGGCGACGAACAAUCAAGUAUCAUUCUUUCCAUUUGGAUGGGGCCCUCGGAUAUGCAUUGGGCAGAACUUCGCCAUGAUAGAAUAUAAGUUAGCUUUGGCCAUGAUCCUACAGCAUUUCUCGUUCGAGCUAUCGCCGUCCUAUGUCCAUGCUCCUUACACUGUUAUAACUCUCCGUCCUCAGCAUGGUGCUCAACUCAUCCUACAUAAACUUUAAGCGUUCAUCUGGGCCUUGUCAUAGAACUAUGUGGAUAGAGUCAUCUAGAUAUGGUUAUUUUAUAGUGAUUACUGUUGUCAUUAACCUAUGUAGCGCUCUCUAUUAUUUGGAUAAAACAAAUAGGGAUGUUAUAUAUUAAUCAUAAAACUAUGAACCCCACUUAUUAAAUGGUUAGACGUGACUAGUGAUGAGUCGUUUUGGCAAGAUGCCAUAUAAGACCAUGACUCGCUACAUAUGUCGUGGAUGAGUAGCCAUAAGUGACAACAAAUGCAGAAAUUCUGUGUAAAAACAUGUUCACCUCCUUAUGAAAGCUAUGCAUGUUUAUUUA